ACUCGAUUCGGGAAAACUUGGGUUUGGAGAGUAUAAAGCGUUACGGAUGAACAUCAAAAAGUGGAAGGAUGUGUUCAACGCGUACGACGCAGAUGGCUUAGGCUACCUUAGAACUUCUGAGUUAAAAGGGGCUUUGAAUAGCGCCGGAUACCGAGUGAAUAAACAAGUCUUGAUCAAACUGGUACAUCGUAACCAAGAAAACCCUGGAAAGAUUACCUUUUGCGAAUUUGUAAUGUGCGCAUUAGAACUCAAGACAAUGAUCGAAACAUCUCAAAACGUCGCUUAAGUUGCGGUGAAAUCCGGGUGCGACGGAUGGUCAAACUUUGCGAGAGACGAAACGACGCGGUCUUCCGGACAAAAAUAUUUCAACACUUUUUACCGAAGUCCAGACCACGUUAAUUUCCAACUAUCACAAAUUUAAUUGCACCGUUGAUAAUGUUUCACCUGGCACAACCCUUGCUCGAAUUGUAGUGUAUAAGAUUUCAUUUCCCCAGUCCAAGAUUUUCUCGAACUGGUAAACUAGUAACUGUUCAAAGUAUAUAAGAAUUGAAUGUAGGUAUACUACAUUUGAAUAAAAUUACAUCUAUGAAACCUACUGAAACCU